AAGCGCUUGAAAGUGUCGUAUAAUUUUUCCGGAGCACGCGCCGCGCUAUUUAUGCGCGUAACUCGCGUUUUUCCGCAAGUGUACUCACCGGGUUUUAGCUUGUACCGAGGCUAAGCCGUUUCGCGGAUGAAUAUAAAUAGACGUGGCUCUAGCCACGCGGCCCGUUUCCAGUCGUUACAGAGAGAAUCGCCUCCUAGUUUCCAUUCUGGACGCGGCUCGCCUACAGUUUUCGCGUGGACACGCGCGCGUUGAAUUUGGAUUUCAACAACAAAUUAUUUAAUUAUCGACAGCCGAUUAAUUCACGGCCGCCGAAAACGCAGAGAGUGGAUCAACGAGUUGUUUUCGAGUGAAACGUGGAAAGUGGGGAAAAAGAGCUUAGAAAUUAAAUUAGGACAGAAAAUGGUGGACUUUGCUGAACGAAACACGCGUUCGCAAUCGAUGGAAGAAUGUUGUGUGGAAACGGAUGUGUAAAUGGAUUUUCUUGGUUCUAUUUUUGUUUAAUUGAGACGAUUGAACUUCUGAAUUUUUGAUCAUAGUAAGAUGAUUAUUUUAGUUUGGAUUGUAGAUUUAUAUAAUAAUGAUUGGAUAAUCUACAUAUAUAGUGGAUCAUGAGAAUACAAGUUGUUCGCUUCUUUUUAAACUUAACUUUAUAAAAAGUUAUUUAGAACAGUCAUACGCUAUUCAAGAGCUACAGUUUGAAUCAUCGUAGAAUUCUAUAAAGACUAAAAUAUCCGUAAAAGUGCGUAAUAAAACCCACAAUCAAAGUAACAAAAUUUCGGAAACAAUAAAAUCAAGAGAAGAAUAGAACUUUUGAUUCGAUUUUUCAGAACAGAAACUUAUAUUCCUGCUAUUUCUUUUGACGUACAUAAGAUUGAAAUGGCAAGCAAAAUCUUGCGCCUGUAAUAAAAAUUUAUUUUAAUUCAAUGAGAGAUUCGAAGAAGAUUACAUCAUGACUGGGAAGGAUAAAAUGAAAAGUCAAGUUUCAUCAUAGACCUUAAUUAGAUGAUGCAUUAUGGAAUUCGCGAUUUCAAGCAGCAGUUGUGAUAUCACAAGAUAUUCCCAACGAAAUAUGGUGGUCCGUGGAGAACGACACUCGUGGUUGGCCAGCGAUAAGUGACGUUACACGAAUCAUGGGAGGGGCAAAGAGGCUGAAAGUAAUAAAAAUAAGUAAUUACUUGGAGUAAUCGGCCACCAUUCCGGAUUCCCUGGGACCGUGGUCGUUCAAUUAGCUGAAAGUGUUCUUUCACUUCCACGGUUACCGCGGCAACCAUUGUCCGGGACCUUCAGGAAUAAUACAUAGUUGAAACAGGGACGCGAAUCUCGAACGAAACGGUGCACUUCCGUAUGCUUUUCAUUGUUUUUUUACGUGACUAUGAUCAAUCGUGCAUUAUACGUUUCUUAACGAUCACUCCUUCUAUCCUCAGAGGGCAGAGAAAUUCAUCCACCUGCUUCAUAUGAAUAGCCUCAAACUUACUCUUAUUAUCUUGUCGUUUAAGACACGCGUAAGACAUUGAUGAUUCCAUUGGCAGAGUCGAGGCGAAACAUCCUCCUCUUUUUCCUUCCUCUCACGUUACAACGUCGCACAAGUGUAAUCAAGAUAGUUAUCUCGCAACUAAUCACAACUCGCAGCGACGUCCUUCACCCGAGAUAAUCCUAUCUCAGAUUGCAAUGGGGAAAAAUAAAAAAAAAAGUAGGCUCAAUAACACCGAGCAACGGACGCUGAACAGAAAACGAACCACGUCCUCAUCGUCAUCGUCCUUCUCCUCCACCUAUCCCUCUCGCCGCCGUCAUCAUCGUCCUCUCGUCGUCGUGGAACACGGGCACAGAUAGAGCGGGAGACCGAAGGUGGGUGGGUGGGGGGAAGGCAGAGAGGCGGAGCGUAAUAAAAAUAAGUAAUUACUGCGAGUAAUCCUCCCCCUCCGUCGCUGGCCUCCUCAUCUUGCCGCCACCCCUCUCGUUCUCUACGAGAGUCGUUCAAUUAACGGGAAUACUGUUGUCUUCCCUCACUACGUUUCCCUUCCAGUUCCCCCUCCGGCAGCCGGAACCCCAUCCCACGCCCAGCGUCCGCGAAACCCGCGAAAUGUUUCACUCGCAAAGUCGCGUGGAGUGCGGACUGCGCUCACUGUACGCCGAGGUAGGGCGAAAGAGGGGAGAUAUCGAUGCCCCUCCUUCACUCACGCCCCUGACGUCCAUCUAUCCUUCCCCCACCGCGCCCGUCCCGCUCCCCGAGCAUCGUGCACCAUCCCUCCCGCGCUUCUCGCACUCUUACCCCCACCACCCGCGCUCGAACUCCCUCCACCGCCUCGCCGCGGCGCUCUCCGCCAUCCCCGCCCCCCACUCCGCCGCUCCUACCUCGCAGCCUAUCCACUCGCGCUCGAGGCGCGCUCACUCUGGCAUACUGCGCGGCCCGUGGCGGAGUGGGGGAAAGCUCCAAAGCCCCACUCGCUCGUCCGCCGUCGUGCCGUACGGUUCGUGUCGUGGCUUGUACGUGUUCUACGCGUCGCGCGGUGUGCUCUCGCGUCCGAACGAUUCUCACACACCGGUCCACGGCCUACGUUUGACAGCGGAGUAUCUAACGAUCGACGUUUCGAGCGACGAGUUGCGCGAGAUUCGUGACAUCGCGAAAACGCGAAUCCAUUCGUGCUGCAUCGUGUUACCUCGCUGUGCUCCGAUUUAUAUUGUACUCCGGCCGUGGAGGACUAGCGCGGAAGAUUGCGACCGAAGGACUGUGUACCCAUGCUAGGACAACCGCCUCGAAUGUUCAGGAAGACAUCGUCGUCCGUUUAUAGGAGGAUCUUUGGCGCCCCGUUGGCCGAGUGGGCUGAACUACGACCCGGAGAGACGUCAAGGUGCACCGUGGCUGGUGCGUUACGAGAGUCGUUAGGUGCUGUGUUCGCGAUACGAAGCGGAGCUUAAGAUCAAUAGUCGAGCGUGGAAGACGCGGGCUUUCGAACGAAAGUUUCGUGUUCUCUACAUUCACAGAGGUUUUUCGCCGUGACAGAUCGUCCUCGUUGGAAGGAUCGUGAUAUCGAGGAGGAUCGGGAGGAGCAGUGCAUUGACACCUGUCCGUUGACUCCACCGGACCACUCAUCGCCCAUAGUUUCUACGCAUUAAUCGGCGGUUUCGAACGUUCGUUUUGUGAACCAACGGCGACAAGCAUCUGUGAUCUCUCUUCGAGGAAGAAUCGUGUCGUUGAAAAAAAAAACGAAAAUUCGAAAAGUGCUCUUUGAUCUUGACGACGUUGUGCAGAAAGUGUUAUUGUUUGUUGUCUGUUCGCGAGUACCGUUUGCGGCACGAAGGAAUAUUACCUUUGACCAAGAACACAGCCUACGCAUGCCGUGGAUCGAGGUCCUGACUCUACCUUUCUUAUCCCCUAUAUGCAAGUACGAACGAAUUUUUCGACUGCUGCAUGUGACUUAGAUGGCUGGGAUCUAGGAAUUCGUCUGUACUGAGUCGACUGGUCUCGAGGGUAUCAGCAGAGAACCGGAAGAAGAGAGCCGGUUCUGGCACUGCAGCUCCCCAAUAAGCUUCCAGUUAGAUAGGCCACGAGCUUUUGUUUUUCGUCGUGGGAAGCUGUUGGUGGGCUCGUCGGGCCCACCCUCUCAUCGGUCAAGCUGGCGAGCGCUCUAACCGCUGGUAUGAACCCCCACCACCCGGGCCACUCCGCAGCCUACCCGCAUCAUCCCUCGCUCUCCAGCAGUCCUCAUCAUUCUGGGCCCCAUCAUGGCUACAGCACCGGUGGGGGAGGCGGUGGGGGCGGUGGUGGUGGCACCACCACCACCCCGGACCUGCCAAGCCCUCACUCUCCUCCUCACGGUCCUGCUAUCGACUCAGCCACCCCUUACGGCUCCCUUCAGCCUGGCCAAGGAAUGGGCAGCAAUGGACAUCAUCACGGCGGUGCUGGAAUGAUGACCGAUCAUCCACAUCACCCAGGCCACCCUCACCCCCACUUACCAAGCCAUCCAGCUUAUCCACCGGUUAAUCAUAACAACAACUGUACGCUUAAGCAAGAAGGAGGCCCAAGCGGACCAACGGGGAUCCAGCAAUGCGCCGGUUGCGGCGGCCAAAUAGUAGAAAGAUGGCUGUUGCUCGCAAUGGAUCGGUAUUGGCACAACGGUUGCCUCAAGUGCUCGUACUGUGGCGCGGCACUGGCGGAAAUCGGCCACUCGUGCUACACCAGGAGCGGCAUGAUCCUCUGCAAAAGCGACUACAGAAGAAUGUUUGGAAGUAGUGGUGCUUGUGCAGGUUGCGGCAACGCGAUACCUGCCACCGAGCUGGUAAUGAGGGCGGGUGGAUCGGUAUUUCAUCAGAAAUGCUUCACCUGUAGCAAAUGCGGAAAUCAACUGGUUUCCGGCGAUAGGUACUACUUGCUAUCGGGGUCACCGGUAUGCGAGACGGAUUGGCACAAAAUCGUGAAAUCGUCGAGCGUUGCGGCCGCGGCCGCCGCGGCAGCGGCCGGAAAUGGAGGUGCACCGGUAAGAAAAGGUAAGGUCGGUCGGCCUCGAAGGAGUCGCGAAUGAGGCGGCAACCCGGUCGGUCGCCCGAAGAAGGUACAAGCCUCUCCACAGCCUACGUCCGCCGUCGUACCGUCUCAGGUCGACGUCGUGGACGUGGCCGUCGGAGGGGAUCCCUAUUCGCCGCCUCCGCCGGGUCAUCAGCAGUACCACCAUCAUCACCACCACCAUCACCACCAUCAUCAGAUGGGAGUCGUACAUCCGGGACUGGCGGUACAGCAAACGCACCUGCAGGCGUCCACCUAUCAGGACUGGUCUCCGUGGGCACAGGACACCUGCGACUGAACAACCUUAACCCUCGUUGAACCUCGAGGCCGUCUCCUCCCGGCUGAACGAAUCCUCUCCUGGCUCGGGCGCCACCGCCGUUGCCACCGCCGUUCACUUCUCCAACGUUCUUCCGUUCCAUCUCCAACGUGGAAGAAUAAACAGUGUUCUUGACGAUCUUUCAUCACUGGAAAAAUUGGAAUCGUGAACUCCUUCUUCGGUUAGCCGGUUCGCGAAACUGUUUUCUCUCGUGAGGUUAGAACGAAACUUUUGUGACUUGCCUUGUGGACAACGCGAACCUUGUGCAAGAGAAGACGAAGGGCCGAGCCUGGAAAUACCGGUGAACGAGAAUCUCGUUCCGAUUGUGACCGAAGAACUCCGUUAAAGAGAAAAAAAUACGUUUCUUGUUCGUAUUUCGACGUGUCCCCGACCGAUCGAACGCGUCUUCGAUUCGGUGUUCCGCCGCGCGCCAUGGCCGCUGCGCGCGCAUCCGCGCGAUUCGAUCCCCUCGAGAACGAUCGAGACUAUCGAUAACCGUGUUCUCGAAUCGUGCGCACGGCCACCGCGUGGAGCCGCUGUACGCAUCUUUCUCAACUGGUCUCCCUUCCCUAAUCGAUAAUCUUUGCUCAAUCACGGAAAAUCGAGGGUAAUUGAAAAAAAAGCGUGUUUGAAUGCGUUUUGGGCCGCGUGCAUCGUCGCUGACAACAACAACAACGAUGACAACGACGACGACGACGAUGAGACGCCAGCUUUUCUUUCAGUCUCGUUCAAUGUUUUUCGAUGCUCGUCCGUUCGUUUAAUCGAAUCCGCAAUCCUGUUAAUCGCACGUCAGGUAACCAGCAAUCACUUUCGCGCUCGUGUUUCACCGCCUUUUCUCUGGUAAACGCGACUGCAUCUGCGUUCGAUGCCCUCCCUCUUCACUCUGCCCCUCGUCACGGUGGUUUAUUCAACACUGGCGCUUUGUAAUGGUUUCGUACGGUUGAGAUUUUGUAAGCGUGAAAUGUUUCGCGGUUUAAUGACAAGAAAUUUUGAAACAAAUUUUACCGUAUUAUUUUUAUUUUUUUUUUUUUUUAAUUUUUCAUUACGAAGAUUAUGUAAACAUUCGAUUACGUAACAUUAGUUUUAUUUUAUUUUUAACAACGAGAUACUUGACUAAUAUUUUUGUUUUAUAUUUGAGAUUUCGAGAUUUUAUUAAUUGUGGAAGGAAUAGUUCUUUUGUUUCGAUCGAAUUUGUCGAAAUGCUUGGUUGUUAUUAUUAUUAUUUUUUAUUAAGUGACUUUUUCUUUAGUUUUUUAUUUUUUUUAUUUCCUUUCUUUUUCUAUAUUUUUAUUUAUUUUUACUUUUUUAUUUUGUUUUUCAUUUGUUUAAGUUGACGAAGAGACCAAGAUUUGACAAUGGAAUUUAAAGAUUUAAAAUAAACGAAACGAAGAAGUUAUUAGAUUAAUUGAAAAUGAUUAUUUAUAUAUCGAUUAUAAUAGAACCUCCAUUAUUCGAAUUAAUAAGGAGAUAAACUUUCGAAUAAAGAAAUAUACGGAUAAUGGAACAUAGAUUUUUCUUAGAUGAAUUAUUUUGGGGAAAACAAUACGCUUAUUUACAACAAAAUUGAGAUGACAGGAUAAAAAAGAAAGUAUCUAUUAUAAAAAUUAGAAAACUCGUAUUUUUUUAGCUGUAAUUGUACAAAUCUUUUAAUAUAAAUAUGCAAAGAAAUGUGCAUUUCACAAAUAAGUUUACAUUUCUUUUUUUAAUAUCAAUGAUUAUGGAUUUUUCAAUAUAAUAAUGUAGGUACUUUUGUUAAUUUUAUAGUAACUUUAUUCAUUUUCUAAUUUUCCAAGUAUUUUUUCCCUUUCAAUAGUUAAUACUAAGUACACAUUUAUGUUUCAAUAUUAUUAUCGUACACUGUGUAAACUCGUCCAAUUUCAAAUUAAAUUAAAUUUUGCAAACGCGAAUAUAGAUAGCAUACAAUUCGGUUAGUAGAAUGAAUAUUAGAAUAUUCGAAUAAUGAAGGUUCCAUUAUACUAAUUUUACUUUAUCCUCAAGAAUUAAAUUUUAAUAAUUACUCGAGAAAUAAUUGUUCCGUUUCCAAACACUCGAUCCUUUUUACCUCUUUUUUUAUAUUCUUUCAAGUAAAAUUCAAUACAAAAUCUAAUACAACAUUCUAAAAUUUCUAAAAUUAAUUAAAAUUCAAGAUUUAAAAUUAAUAAUAAUCUAUAAUGAUUAUUUAUCCCAUUAAUUAUUACUUUUAUUUUAUCUCUCAAAAUUAAUCUGAAUAAUUACUUUUAAAAAAUAUUUUCUUCUUUAUACAGAACGCCCAAGAUUGUUCUUACUUUUUUUUUUUCCCGUAUUCCUUUAAAUAGAAUUUUCAAAGAGGGCCAGGAUCUGACGCAGGAAUCGAGAUCUAAAAUCACGUGUACAGAAAAGAAAAUUCCAUCGACUCGGAUAAUUCGUCGAUUGAGAACGUCAGCUCCUGGUCCUUAGAAAAUUAUUUUUCUUUCAAAAUCAACCAACCCCUCCCUCCCUUCCUCCUCUCCCGCCUCCCUCCUCGAGACACAGCCUCUCCCUGUAAACUCAUUAAGCGUUCCUUGUUCUCGCGAUCGUUUAAUCGAGUCUCUGCUGUCCCGGAAUAAAAGGUCGACAUCACGAGGUGAAAUCGUCGAACGAGCGAAAUUAUCAUUCGAAUUUUCCAACACCGUUGACGUCCCUCGUGGUCGGACCGGUUCUCUCCCUUUGCGAAAUUCCCUGAUCCAGAUUGUGCAAUCAGAGGUGGAUAAAAAACUGUUCCUCGAGCAUUAUCCAACUCUCGAAUAAGGAUUUUUAUUUAUUUUCGCAAGUUUGUUAUUAACGCUAUAAACGUUUUUUUGCUUAUGAAGUUAUUAUUGAGGCUCUCCAAUGUGUCGCAUUAUCGUAUUAUCACAUUUUAAUUUACUUAAUAUCGCGCUCCAAUGAUUUUUAUCAGUUCAUGGAUAUUUUGUAAUAAUAAUAAUAUGAAUAAUAUGUUCGAAUAUAUACAUAUAUAUAAUUUUUUCUUUCAAUUAUCUUUUUCAUCUUUGAUUAGAAUGAAUUUUAAAUAAACAUACGAAAAUUUGGAGAUAUUAUUUGCAAGCCUCAAUAGUAAAUAUGUGAUACUGAACAAAUUUCUAGAUUUCUUUCUGAAUUUAUUUGAGAAUGAAACUCUCGUGACAGUAUUUCUCGUAAAUAAACAAUUAAAUAUUAAGAGUAAUUGUUCUGAAAUAACUUUCACUUUCGAUACGUGUCUAUUAGCGAAAAACUUUCAAGAGAAACUUAAGUCUUGAAAAAUUUUCUUCUCGAACUAAUUCCUAUUUAAUAAUUGUGAAUAUAAAAAAAUUUACAAUAAUAUCCAAUUAUAUCCAAUUAACUGUCGCGGAAUCGGAAUCAAAACGUGUGUCAUUUAAAAGAAUACGUAUUCCAAAAAUUAUAUCCAACAAUUUCAUUGCCAAUUUCGUUUGUUUCAUUGAUUCGUGGAAGUUCGAGAAAGGAACAAACAUAUCUUGUGAUAUGAUAUACCUCAAAAAACCAGAAUUCCAAUUCUAAGAAUUCGUAGCGACAGUUAAGUGGACACUAUCGAAAAAUAUCUAAUGAAUCUUUACGUUUUGAUACAUUCUCCCAUUCAUCGAGAAUAUUUGCACGGAGUGUGAUGCUCACGUCAUCGAGAAUUUUGUAAAAAAUUGAGCACUGUCAAAAAAAAAAAAAAAAAAGAAAAUCCAAAGAAUCGACGAUUUAUAAAGAGUGCUAUAAUGUUCGAGAAAAAAAAAAAUUCCUCCAGAGUCGAAACAAGGUUGAAACACUCUGUCUGUCUGGCGACGAGAGCGCGAGCACCGAUGCCCAAGAACGCUUCGUUCAGCGAAAGGAUUGGAGCGUGUAAUAAGAAUACUUUUUCUAAGUGGCCAGGGUUUCGACAUCCGCAAUAAACAUUUACGUAAAUGUAUAUUCGUGAACACGUUACGAUGUAUCUACCUAUCGGCCAUGCCUGUUGUCGGCUUCCGUGUCGAAUGCCCCUUUUACAAAUUGUACAAAGUGUUUCCUUUUCCAUCAAGUGGCGCCACCGCAUCGCGGAAGUCGAACGAGGAGAAUCGGAACUCGACACAGGUUCGGCCACGUUCGAAGCUCAAUGCGAAACUAAAGACACAUGUUUUGGGUGUAAAUCAACGCGGAUACGGUUGGAUCGGGCUCGCUUUAUGGCUACAUUUUCUCGAGGAAUUCUAACUUUUCAAAUGCGAUCAUUGAAAUCGUUCGCACGGUAUAAUAUAUCGUGCGAGUUUCGACGAAUUCGUGAAAAUUGUAUUAAUAAAACAAGUAGUUUAUCAAGUAAUAGAAAGAAUUAAAAAGAAUUGAUAAAGGAUUCGUGAUCGACGAUUUUCUCUUCGAGAUUCACGUUUAUGAACUUAUUGGGUUGGUGGAUAUAAUAAUUUAAUAAUCAAUUUAACGUGAUGUGUUUGAAAUUAUUUGAUUUUUUUUUUAAACUGUUAUAUGGUUUAUUAGUAUUAUUUUGUUUUUUUUCUUCUUUCAUUUGCAUAUGUCAAUAAUUUGACCAUUUGUUAAAUGAUAACGAUCUGAUUAGAUUUAUUUUCGAAAUUCCAUCACAAAAUUUGAUAGACCACUGACCACUGUUCGUUCACUUGCAAUAUUUAUUUAUAAAGUAUAAUAUUUUCCGUAUGAAUAGUUACAUUUAUAUAUUCAUCAAAUUCAUAUUGGAAACAGAAAUAUCACGAAAUGGGCGUACAUUGACAGAUUUUUUGUAACAAUUUGUUAUGUUGAUGUAAAAAUUCUUGCCAUUUUCCUUUUAAUAAAUGUUAACGGUUAAUGUUAUUUUGCUAUUAGAGUAAAUAAUAUUAACAUUUACAUUAACAUUUAAAUUUGUUUAUCUUUAUUUAUCUAUUUAUUUGGAUGAUUAAUUAUUACAUUCUAAUGUUUUACCUCCUUAUUUACAUAUUUAUCUUAACAACGAAUACGUUCCAUAGUUUCUUGUCCAAUCUAAUUACAACAACCAUUUACCAGUAUCGCAAAACAUAAAUCAUAAAACAUUUUUUUCACGAAACGAAUGAUGCGCCGUCUAUUUAAAAUUAUUCAUUUCCCCAGAAUCAAAAAAAAAAAAAAAAAAGACAAAAAUAACCAACUUGACCACCAACCCGUCACACAUUUUCUUUCUAACGAGAAAAUAAAAUCGAUAUUCUAUCUUUCCUUAUUCCCUCCAACGUCUUCUUCAU